GGAGUCAAAGAGAGAGAGAGGGAGAGAGAGAGGGGCGCAAAGUUUCAUUGCAAGCUCUUUGCAAAAAUGGGGGACGACCGACCUUUUGUAUGCAAUGCUCCUGGCUGUGGACAGAGGUUUACCAAUGAGGACCACUUGGCUGUACACAAACACAAGCACGAAAUGACACUGAAAUUUGGUCCCGCCAGGACUGACUCAGUCAUUAUCGCAGACCAGACACCUACUCCUACCCGCUUCCUAAAGAACUGUGAGGAGGUUGGUCUGUUCAAUGAGCUGGCCAGUUCCUUUGAACAAGAGUUCCGCAAGGCGCAGGAGGAUGAUGACAAGAGGGCCAAGAACCCACUUCUGGCUCCCAACUCUACAGCUCUGGACAUGAGCCUGCAGACAGCGUCAGAUAUAAAAGUGAAGAAGGAGGCACCUGUGGAGGUGGACUCCUCCCCCCCAAGCAGCCCUGACUCCAUCUCCAGCAAUGCAGACAGCUACAGAGAUUCCCAGGUGAAAGCCAAGGACAUAGCGCCCAGAAGUUCAGCUCCCACCCCUACCAUUGUGCGUCCAGGUUCCCUCCCACUCCACCUGGGCUUCGACGCUCUUCAGCCCACCAUGCCCUCACCCACUUCUGUCAUCACACAAGCACCACCCUCCAAUCGAACUCUUGGUUCGCCAACCAGCCACUACCCCAUGAUGAUGCUUCCAAAUGGCCAGGCAGUACCUGUGCUCCCGGGCCCAGUACAGAUGCCCUCCGUCAUAAAUCUGGCCCGCCCCAUAUGCAUGGUGCCCAACAUUCCCGGGAUCCCUGGUCCUCCUCUGGGAGGCAGCAGCAGUGGUUCCAGCUCCCCUUCUGGCUACAGCAUCCACUCUGAAGCCAAGAUGCGUCUGAAGGCGGCGUUGUCCCAGCAGAGCCCAUCAGGACAGAGCAUGGGGGGCAUGGCCCUGGGCAGCAGCCCCAUGGUUCCCCAGAGGGUGGAGCAAAGCCAGCUGCUAGUCCAGCAUCCAGACGCACCAUCCCCAGCACAACCACAGGUAUCCCCGGCACAGCCCACAGGUGGGCGACGGCGGCGGACAGCGGAGGAUGACCCGGAUGAGCGGAGGCAGCGCUUUCUGGAGAGGAACCGAGCUGCGGCCUCACGCUGCAGACAGAAACGAAAGUUGUGGGUCAGCUCCCUGGAGAAGAAGGCUGAGGAGCUCAGCACAAUGAACGUCUCGCUGUCGAAUGAAGUGUCUCUUUUGCGUAAUGAGGUGGCUCAUCUGAAGCAGCUGCUGCUAGCCCAUAAGGACUGCCCUGUGACCACCUUGCAGAAGAAGACUGCUUACCUAGCAGCAGAGGAGAGUAUGAAAGACCCCUCUGAGCCCACGGGCUCGCCUGCCCCAGUGAUCCAGCACAGCUCCCUGGCCCACAGCCCCUCAGCAGGGCCAAAUGGUCUGAGCUCGCGGGCAGCAGCAGAGGCCAUGGCCAUGUCUGUGCUGGCUGGGAUGGGCCAACAGCAGCAGCAGAGGGCAGAGAGUGGAGCCUCCCAUGUCAUCAUGGCCGCACAGUCCCAGUCUGCUGCCAGAUGAUGAGCAAUGCUACCAUGGGCCAUACCAAACCACCCAGGGGUAGGAGAGGAGCAAGAAAAUCCCACCCCUCACUACUAAAAGUCCAAACCCCCAACCCAUUUCCCUCCACCUUCCCUCUGCUCCUCUUCCUUCUGCCCCUCCAGUGGAGCCAUCUUGCUGUGGCCUGGCGCUCAGCAGCAGCCUUCUGGGAAUGGACUGAGACUAUUGAGAGAGCUUCCUGUUCACUCUGCCAUAGACUACAGGGGCUGGACUCCAAACUUCCUUUAUCUCUCCACCUCCUCUCCUGCCCACCCACCCACCACUCGUCUGUCCUCAACCUCAGUUGAAAUGACUCUUCACUGGACUGUAGGACUGCGUGGCCUGCUCUGAGUUUGAACUCCCGUCAUGGACAAGUGCCACACACCCGCAUGGUUUCAAACACACAGGCAAUGUUAAAAUGUUGCAUAAAUAUUCUCGAUCAAGUAAGGUAUCUAACAUGGCACACAGGGCUUCACGCUGUUGCAGCAGGGGAUUGUGCCUUGCUCGUACCUGUCCUAAACAAACACACAUACACGCGCACCCUUGGCUCCAAAGAUGUCUGAGAUGCAAUAGUUGUCCAUACCGAAAUCACUCAGAAGAUCAGGUCUCAGAUACUUCCUUAAACCUUAAAUAAGUGGUUCUUUCUCAAGAUAAUCUCAACACGCACCCAAAAACCUUACCUCAUUCACAUCCCUUUAUGAUAAGAUUUAUGAACUGCGUGUGAGUGGCUCUGUUAGUAUAUAUUUAUGUACAUCAGAACAUAGCAUUUUGCUUAUUCAUGAUCUAAUACACUAAUAGCUAGAUUAUUAGCAUGUGACUUUCUAUUAGCUUGUUAUUUUCUUGACAUGCGCAGCUAUCCUUGAAAUUAACUGGCACAUCUCCCAGCUUGGGCCAUAGAACCAAAAAAAGAUUGUUCAAGACAAACUAUUUUCUCACUUCCAGUCUCUGCAGUUAUUCACAGUAAUCAGCGUCUUUUUACCAUAUUUUUUUCUGUUGUCGCCUGAAGGGAAUUCACUCCUAUGCCCCACCCACCCCCAUCUCACAUGUUCCCUUCAACAGGCAGUUUUAGUGUUGUUGUUUUUUUUAAGUGUAUGCCAUUUUCAACUGUUAUGAAACCAUCCUAAUGGUUGUGAUUCUUUAUGUGGCUCCUGGGCUUACUGUAACUGUUAUUUUCACUCUUCACUGGAUGGUUUGCCAUCCUUGCUGCUCAUUGGAGUGUGAUGAUCUCCUUUGUUUCUUAGCUCUUUACCAAACCUAAACUAAGCCAUAGUAACAACAAAUCAGAUCUCUGAAUCUCCAAAGACCCUCCCAUCCAACCCUGCCAAACCCCUGGUUAUUGUUUUGGAGGUAAAUAACCUGACUGUUAUUCUGUGGUUCAGAGCUCAUAGUGACCCAAUCUAUAUCACUGCUCCUUACUUGCACUCACACACACAGUCACACUCUCACACAUAAUGUAUUGUAAUUUUGCCUUAAGAUCACAUUUGUGCCUCUGACACCCCACUCAGAAUAUACUUGCUUGCAUGAAAAACAACAGAGCCUUAUGAGAAAUGACUGUCUUAAUUUGGUUUUCUAACCAAAUGAAUAGCCAUUACAGGGAGGAACACAAGAUCUAGAAUUUUGUUGAUUAUGCCUUUCAAAAUCAGGGUUCAAUCGCCACUCAGUUCCCAUCUCAGUGAUUUUAAUACAAGAAUGUGGAUAAGAUGCAUGUAUGUCAUCUAGUGGAGAGACAUAGCAAUGACAUCAUUUCUGGGAAGCUGCCUUGAGGGAAUAAUACUUUUUAAAAAAUCUUGUGGCUGUCUCAGAAAAGUUUUAUUUUUUCCAGGGAUCCCAAUUUCAGUGAGUUAUUAGUCAUUUUUGGAGAAAACCUUUAACGGUGGAUUUUAUUUCUUGCUCUGUCAGUUCUCUGCCCCAUCAUUAAUGAAAAUUAUGUUUGUUUUUUUUGUUUGUUUUUUGCAGUGUUUGCAAAGUUAACAGUCUAUGAAACAUGAGGGGCAUGACUUAAUGCACUAAAAUACUGCAAGUUCAUUGUUGAUGUAUUCAUUUUUCAUUUUCUGCCAAUUCGCUAUACCUUCUCUUGAUACAAGGUCCCUUUCUCGCCAGAUAAUUGCUCUAUGUCUAUCAUGUAUCUGUACUGUAUACAUGAAUGGGAAUUCACUCAGUAUCUCCUUAACGCCUCUCACACUUGACUGAACCUCCUGUUCAGUCUCAAUGUUGACCCUGGCAUUGUGUCAUAUUUUCGAGCUAGCACUAUAUUUUGCUGGCUUUCCCUUUAUAGGUGAUUGUUUGUAUGAAAUGAAAAUGCAAACUGUAUUCAGCUUUCCUGUUAGUAUUUGUCAUUGGCACUUUUUUCAUUCAUUUCUUUCUUUUGUUGUGUGCCAUUCUCGGCACUAUACAGUUUCUGUCAUAUCUCUUAUUGUACUGCUAUAGAAAUUAAUUUGUUUAAUGCAUUGAUUUCUUUUUCAACAAAUAUUGCUAUUCUGUAUUUUCAAAAAAAGACUGAUUUUUAUCCCCUUUGUUUUUAUCCUCUGAGAUGAAUGCCUCUUGACUGUCCUUGUGUAAGUUCUCUAAGUUAUUUUUUUUUGUAAUUGGACAAACAAUCAUAACAGUCUGUUAUAUGAAUGCAAACUAGAAUUGUGAAAAGAACAAUUUAUUUGAGAAUGCAGCAAAGUGAAUGUUGCUGAUAGUAUUUGUAAUGGUUUAUCCACACUCCCUUUGUUGGACUGAUUUCAGAAAUUGUCCUUGUACUGUACAUAUCUGUACUAUAUGAAUAUAUUUACUUUUCCAUGCAUGUCCAAGUGGAAUACUAUGAACACUUAAAGUGCUGCCGUUUUAAUUAAAGAAACUACAUUUUAAUGGUCAUCAACAGCUAGUUUAAAUGAUUUGUCCUGAUAACUUGGGCCCAGUUUAACCAGUAUGGUAAAUGCUCAGCGCAUCUUCUGUGGGUUUCUUCCCAGGCCUGUCGGUGUACAGUGGCUGUCUGUGUGCACUUUGCGUGUUCUCCCUGUGCUCAGGUGGGUUACCUCUCGACUAAGGGCCUUCUUGUGUGGAGUUUGCAUGUUAUCCGUGUGCUCAGGUGGGUUUACCUCUCGACUAGGGUAUCCAAAGGAGUUGAAUCAAGUGCA